UCUGCCUGUGUCACACAUACCCCUGGGAAGGCUGGUCCUCUGUAUAAACCCCGGCAGCACAGAGCGAAUUCCAUCCAAGGGCUGCACUCGGGACUCAGCACAGCCUGGAGGAUGAGCAUGACCAUGGAGAGUCAGCGACUGUCCUCAUAUCGGCGGCGCUUCGGCCCCCAAGCCACCGCUGUCCAUCAACCCCUGAGAUCCUCGCCCCUCUUAUGGCUCAUGUCGCCCAGCCCCAGCACCAGAGUCUCCAUGACCAAGAAAAAGAGCUCCAGCCUGAGCAUCCGUGCCGGCCCCAGGUUCUUCCAGGACAAAGCCGAUUUCUCUCUGGCUGAUGCCCUCAACACCGAGUUCAAGGAGACACGCACCAACGAGAAGGUGGAGAUGAUGGAGCUGAACGACCGCUUCGCCAGCUACAUCGAGAAGGUGCGCUUCUUGGAGCAGCAGAACAAGGUGCUGGUAGCGGAGCUCAACCAGAUCAGAGAUAAGGAGCCCACCAAGCUGUCCGACAUCUAUCAGGAGGAGCUGAGAGAGCUCCGCCGGCUGGUGGACCAGCUGUCUAAUGCCAAGACCAGGCUGGAGAUCGAGAGGGAAAAUCUGCUGGAUGACGUCAACGGCCUCCGGCAAAAGUUACAGGACGAGAUUAAUCUACGGCUGGAAGCUGAAAACAAUUUGUCUUCCUACAGACAGGAUGUUGACAAUGCUGCAUUAGUGCGCCUGGACCUGGAGCGGAAAGUCGAGUCCCUGCAGGAGGAGAUCAACUUCCUGAGGAAAGUCCAUGAGGAGGAACUGAGAGAGCUGCAGGAGCAGCUGGCGCAGCAGCAGGUCCACAUUGAGAUGGACAUGUCAAAACCAGACCUGACGGCUGCGCUGCGGGAGAUCCGCAUCCAGUACGAGUCCAUGGCCUCCAACAACAUGCACGAGACCGAGGAGUGGUACAAGUCCAAGUUUGCAGACCUGACGGACGCAGCAGCUCGGAACAUUGAAGCCCUGCGCCUGGCCAAGCAGGAAGCCAAUGAGUAUCGGCGCCAGCUGCAGGCACUCACCUGCGACCUGGAGUCCCUGCGGGGGAUGAAUGAAUCCCUGGAGAGGCAGCUGCGGGAGAUGGAGGACCGCUACGCCAUUGAGACAGCCAGUUACCAGGACACAGUCAUCCGUCUGGAGGAGGACAUCCGGAGCCUCAAGGAGGAGAUGGCUCGGCACCUCCAGGAAUACCAGGACCUGCUCAACGUCAAGCUGGCCUUGGACAUUGAGAUUGCCACCUACCGCAAGCUCCUGGAGGGAGAGGAAAGCAGGAUCACCAUCCCCGUGCAGACCUUCUCCAACCUGCAGAUCCGAGAGACCAGCCUGGAUACCAAGUCAGUGUCUGAGGCUCACCUGAAGAGGAACAUCGUGGUCAAAACUGUGGAGACCAGAGAUGCAGAGGUGAUCAAGGAAUCCACCCAGGAGCACAAGGACUAAGGGGGCGGCAGAGGAAAGCAUGCAGCCGUAGAUCACUAGCAGCGUAGAUCCCGCCUGGCACUCGGCCCCUCCGACGUGGAACCAGCAGGGCCCAGUGGCUGCGAGGGACCCACCCGGAGGGAACGUGUUUCGCUUGCUGGAAGUGGAGUUAACGAGACUAACUGAGGAGCUAGAGUAACCAGCGCCCCUUAGAACUGCUGCGCACGGUUCCAGUGCGGGCCGCGGGCUAGCGCUUCACCCUAGCCCCGUCUCUCCCUCUCGCCACCCCUGCCCAUUCUCCCGUCUGCCCUGGUCCGCUGCAGUCUGUGGGAUAGGCCUGCUGAGCUGCUCCAGAGUCUGGCAGGGUUUGAGGCCCUGCUGAGGCUGUCAGAGCUCCCCUAGAGAGAGGGCUGUGCUAGGCCCACCCAGAAACCCCCUAACACCGGCUCCCUUGGGGGGCUCUGCAGGAGGCUGCGUGGGGAAGGCAAAGCAAUCGAAGGCCCAGCUCAUGCCCACAGAAAGGGCCAAAUCCAUGGCCCAGGAGCUGCAGAGUUUCCACUGCCUCCUGCACCCCACCACCUGCCCCAGAUCUCAAAGCUCCUAGGAUGGUGGAGACCCUGAUCCCGGCUCAGGCCCAGGCAUCCCCAGGAGAGGUAGGAGAGGCCCUGAGUGCGAGUCUGCCCAGGGAGACCCCCGUGGAGUUGCAAGAGCGGGGGAUGCUGUGGAGAGCAGCUCUCCU